AUGUCUCGGAUGCGCUCGCUGAUUGGCUGCUCUGUUGCGAUCCGUCCUCCGGACGCGGCGAUUGGCGGUGACGAGAACCUCUGCAACGUCCCCCAGGCCCUGCCCGGCUCCCCGGCCAAGCGCAGCAAGGAGAACCGGGGCCGGCGGCUGCUCUUCGGGGAGACCCCGGCCUCCCCCGAGCAGCCCAAAAGCCCGGGGCCGACCCCGAGGAGUGGGGGGCCAGAGACCCCCCGGAGCUCGAGGGUCAAUGGGCAGAACCCUCGGACCAGGCUCUUCCGGCAGGAAGGUACCUGCUACCAGCAGGCCAAGCAAGUGCUGCAUGUGGCCGUGCCCGACCGGCUGCAGGGCCGGGAACGGGAGACUGGGAUCCUGCGGCAGUUCCUGCGGGAGCACGUCCGGGGCCACCGACCCGGCAGCCUCUACGUGUCUGGAGCCCCUGGGACCGGGAAAACGGCCUGUCUGAGCCGUGUUCUGCUUGACUGCAAGGAUGAGCUGUCCGGGAGCAGGACCGUGGUGCUGAACUGCAUGGCCCUGGGCAGCCCCCACAGUGUCUUCCCUGCCCUGGCACAGCACCUGGGGCUGCCCAUGGCCACUGGCCGGGAGCAAAUCCGGAGCCUGGAAAAGCAUCUGACGGCCCAGGGGCCCAUGGUGCUCCUGGUGCUGGAUGAGCUGGACCAGCUGGAGAGCAAAGGCCAGGAUGUGCUCUACACCCUCUUCGAGUGGACCCGGCUGCCCAGCUCCAGGCUCGUCCUCGUGGGGUUGGCCAACGCCCUGGACCUGACGGAUCGAAGCCUGGCAAGGCUGGGAGCCCACCCGGCCAGCAGCCCCCGCCUGCUACACUUCCCACCCUACAGCAAGGAGCAGCUCACCCGCAUCCUGCAGGAGCGGCUGGGGCAGGUGGCCGGUGACCCCGUCCUGGACGCGGCCGCGCUUCAGUUCUGCGCCCGCAAGGUCUCCGCGGUCUCUGGUGAUGCUCGCAAGGCCCUGGAUGUCUGCAGACGUGCCGUGGAGGUGGUGGAGCUGGAGGUGCGAGGCCAGACCCUGCUCAAGCCACUGCCCGGGGGUGACUCCCCGGUGUCCCCCGUCCCCAAGCGCGUGGGGCUCCUGCACAUCUCCCGGGUGCUCUCAGAGGUGUUUGGGGACCGGCUGGCAGGGGGGCCCCAGGGGGCCCAGGACACCUUCCCACUGCAGCAGAAGGUGCUGCUCUGCUCCCUGCUCCUGCUCUCCCGGCACCUGCGCGCCCGUGAGGUCACCCUGGGCAAGCUCCACGACACCUACAGCCAGGUGUGCCGGAGGCAGCAGCUCCCCGCCGUCGACCAGGCCGAGUGUCUGUCCCUUGUCACCCUGCUGGAGUCCCGCGGUGUCCUCGAGCUCAAGAGGGCCAAGGAGGCCCGGCUGGCCAAGGUCUCCCUGAAGCUGGAGGAGGCGGCGCUGGAGCACAGGCUGCAGGACACAGCGCUGGUGGGCAGCAUCCUGGCCCAGGGGCUGCACUAGCCCCCUCCCCAUGGCCCCGGGGGGAUUUCAGUGCUGUGGCUGGAACAGAGAAAUGGCUCCCAAAGCCUUGGACACUUGUCAAGUUGUGCCUUGGGGCCCUCAGUCUGGGGUUCUUUUAUUAAUAUUUUUAAUAUAUUAAUAUUAUUAAUGGUAUAUUAUGAUAUCUGUGGGAGCCAAGGUAGGAGGCUGGAAGACCCUCUCCCAGCACCUUUGCAGCCCCCCCAACCCCUUUGCAGCUGGGAGUGGUGGGUGCUGGUGCUCCUGGCC